UUCCCCUAUAUCAGAAUAGAAGAAUCGGGGUCGGAAACAAACUCGAUCCCGUUUAGAUGAACUGAAACCUGUCCCGAACCCUAAAAACACCUGUUGGAAUCGAGAUCGCGUUAAACCCGCAGGACUCUAUAAACGAGGUAAUAGUGUUAAGGAUAGCCUACUAGAGUAUUGUUGAAUUGUAUUUGCAUACGAGUAUGGCUCACAUAUGAAUUCAGAACAACAAAGUACAAAGCGAAAAAAUAAGAACCGAUUGCACACGAAAUAUAAAACAACCCAAAUCUUUAUAAAAAAAUCUCAGUCUUAAGUCCAAAUCCUCAUUAAAACCUUCAGUUCGCACUCGGACUAACUCAACCUUACGCGGCAUAUCUUAAUCAAUGACAUUGACGGCUACUAAAGACUCAUUAAUGUACAACUUUGUUAUAUCCUGAAUUAAAUCUGGAAACUAGCGUGCAACUAUAGAUUUGUUUAGACGCUCGUCGUGUAUUGAAACGUGAACAUAUUAUUCACCAACAACGUCUCGAUGUACGUGUCUACUACCAGCAUAUGGGCAUAGAGCCAUUCAUUGACAUUGCCACAGCCAAAUUGCCCGAAACAUUACAUUAUCGAUCGCAGGAUGAUAUCCGAUAUGAAUUUAUUUUAAAAAAUCGACCACUUCUCGAAGAAUUACGAGAGAAAUUGAAACCUGUAAGUGGAAAAAUAUCGUUAAAAAAUGAUGGAUUCGAUAUCACAUGUGUUGGUCCAACAACGAACUAUAUUCUGUUAAAAAAACGGGCUCAAUGGACAAAAGACAUUCAAGGAUUAAUUGAUGAUUUUUUAAGUAAGUUAAUUGUACGAACACUUCCCUAUACGCUGACAAACAGUCUAACACAAGAUAUUCUCGCACGCGAAUUAAGUGACAUGUCAAUGAAAGACAAUAAUCAACUGUUCCAAAUUUCAAAACGAACAAAAAAUCAUGAAUUAAUUUUUGUUACACUCAAAGAUAAUCUCGACAAAGC